AUGUCUUGGGUCACCAAAUUUGACAGCCUGUUUAUCAUCCAUCCCGAUGUGAAAGAGGCUUCAGCAGAUCACAGGCCAGUUGUGGCUUUGGAAAGCACUAUUAUCACACAUGGAAUGCCUUAUCCUCACAAUCUCAGCACAGCAAAGGAAGUGGAGGCGAUUGUGAGGGCUGAGGGUGCAGUCUCAGCAACCAUUGAGAUUCUUGAGGGCAGGAUUCAUGUGGACCUUUCUUCAGAUGAACUGGACUUCCUGGCACAAAGCAAAACAGCACUAAAAGUGUCCAGAAGAGAUCUACCUUAUGUCAUCAGCAAGGGUUUGUCGGGUGGCACAACUGUCUCCGGCACAAUGAUUGCGGCUCACAGGGCUGGGAUUCCUGUCUUUGUAACCGGAGGCAUUGGAGGAGUACAUAGAGAUGGAGAAAACGCCCUGGAUGUGAGCGCAGACCUCACUGAACUGGGUCGAACACCUAUUGCUGUUGUGUCUGCUGGGGUGAAAUCCAUGCUAGAUAUCGGUCGCACUCUUGAGUUCUUGGAAACUCAGGGUGUGUGUGUGGCCACAUAUGGAGAUUCAAAGAGCUUCCCGGCUUUCUUCUCUCGGCAAAGUGGAUUUAUUCCUUACCAUGUCUCCAGUCCUCAAGAAGCAGCAGAUCUUGUUGCAAGCACACUAUCUCUGAGGCUGCAAAGUGGUCUUCCGUUGGCUGUUCUCAUCCCUGAGGAACAUGCAGCCACGGGACAACAGAUAGAAGACACCAUACAAACAGCUGUGACUGAGGCCAGCUCAAAAGGUGUCACAGGAAGAGAUGUCAUCCCUUUUAUCCUUCAGCGAGUCACUGAGCUGACUGAAGGGAAGUCCUUGCAAGCCAAUAGAGCACUCAUCCAUAACAAUGCCAAGGUGGGCAGUCGGAUUGCAUGUGCCCUUUCUAAACAUAAAAGUGAAGGCAACUUCAGAGGUGAUACUAAGACCCAAAAGUCAAAGGACAAGAGAACAGGCUCCAAAACUAUUGUGAUUGGUGGAAUAAACGUUGAUUUCAUCGCUAAAGGAACAACAAAGAAAUUGGUGGUAUCUCAGUUUGAGGACCAGCUUGCGUCAGCAUCUCUCGUAGUUCUUGAUGGCAACAUUCCAGUUUCGACCAUUGAUUACGUGUGCUGUAUCGCCAAGAAACAUGCAGUCCCUGUGAUGUUUGAGCCCACGGAUGCAGAUAAGGCCUGUAAGCCCUUCCUGUCAGAGAGUUGGAAAGCCCUGUCUUACACCUCCCCCAACCUGGCUGAGCUCUGCACCAUGAAUCAUACACUAGGUCUACCCACUCCUACCGAGUUGCCCAGAUCACUUGAGGAUGUCUUGGGCUGUAUACCGGUUCUGUCCCGCCCCCUGCUGGAGCAUCUGCAUUGUGUGGUGGUCACUUUAGGUGCACUAGGUGUGUGGAGAACAUGA